AUGUCAUUCGAAAAUUCAAAUAUAAGACAAAUUUCCACAAUUAGCAAGCCAAUGAAUUUCAAGCAAACUCUUCUAUCAAAGUACAAGAAAAGGCUCGAAAAAAACUUGAGUUUUUCAUCAAGAGACACAAUUGAAGAAUUAAAUCCGAGGGAGUCGCGUAUAAUCCCAAACCAUAUAAAGCAUCCAAGCCAACCUAUCAAUUUUAUUGCUUGUAACAAAGAAAAUAUUCCGUUGAAACAAAAAUCUUUGCCGAGGAUUAAAAUUCCUUUGGGUAAAAUUCAAAACUCUUUUUAUUCAAAAUUAGAAAUUCUUGAGCAAAAAUUAAAUUUAUCGAAUCAGCAUAUUUCAAUACCUCAAGGAUUUUUUUCACCUGCACAGAGUAAUAGGCAUAGUAAUUUGGAUUAA